CGUUGAUGAAUGCAACAAGCCUCAAAGAACUAAGCCGAUCACAAAUUAAGGAAAAUUAGCAAAGCCAAAUGGACUCUCAGUUUCGUUUUCUGCUUCUUCUUCUGUGCCUUCUUCUCCCGGCUUUGGUCGACUGCAGGGUUCGUCGCUACAAAUUUGAUGUGGUGAUGAAAAAUACCACCAGACUCUGUUCAACCAAGCCGAUUGUUACAGUGAACGGAAGGUUCCCAGGGCCUACUCUCUAUGCUAGGGAAGGUGAUACAGUUCUUGUAAGAGUGGUGAACAAGGUCAAAUAUAAUGUUUCCAUCCACUGGCAUGGUAUCAGGCAACUGCGAACUGGGUGGGCUGAUGGGCCAGCAUAUAUUACUCAGUGCCCCAUUCAGCCAGGGCAGAACUACGUCUACAAUUUCACUAUCACGGGUCAAAGAGGCACACUUCUAUGGCAUGCACAUAUUCUCUGGCUCAGAUCUACUGUUCAUGGUGCCAUUGUUAUCUUGCCGAAACAUGGCGUUCCUUACCCAUUCCCUACUCCCGACAAGGAAGUGGUGGUUGUGUUAGCUGAAUGGUGGAAAUCAGAUACUGAAGCAGUGAUCAAUGAAGCUCUAAAAUCUGGAUUAGCACCAAAUGUCUCUGAUGCUCACACUAUCAAUGGACAUCCUGGGGUUGUCUCAAAUUGUCCUUCACAAGGCGGCUUCACAUUGCCAGUGGAAAGUGGCAAGACCUACAUGCUGCGCUUGAUCAAUGCUGCACUCAAUGAAGAGCUCUUUUUCAAGAUUGCAGGGCACCAACUUACGGUUGUGGAAGUAGAUGCUCUCUAUGUAAAACCAUUCAAGACCGACACAGUCUUAAUUGCCCCAGGACAGACAACUAAUAUCCUUGUCACCGCCGAUAAAAGCACCGGCAAGUACUUAGUUGCAGCCUCUCCUUUCAUGGACGCCCCAAUUGCAGUUGACAACAGGACAGCAACCGCCACUCUUCAUUACUCAGGCACGCUUGGUAGCUCUCCCACAACCCUCACCAACCCACCUCCCAAAAACGCCACUGCAGUCGCCAACAAAUUUAUCAACUCUCUACGCAGCUUGAAUUCUGAAAAAUACCCUGCCAACGUCCCAUUAACGAUUGAUCACAAUCUUUUCUUCACCGUUGGGCUUGGCGUCAACCCGUGUCCUGCUUGCAAGGCAGGCAAUGGCAGUAGAGUGGUUGCUAGUAUCAACAACGUCACGUUCGUUAUGCCAACUACGGCUCUGCUUCAAGCUCAUUUCUUCAACAUUAGUGGCGUUUUUACCAGCGAUUUCCCUGCUAAUCCGCAGCAUUCUUUCAACUUCACUGGAAGCGGACCAGCAAAUUUGCAGACCAGCAAUGGAACUAAGGUUUACAGGUUGAAGUACAACUCCACAGUUCAACUCGUUAUGCAAGACACUGGAAUCGUAGCACCUGAGAACCACCCAGUUCACUUGCAUGGAUUCAAUUUCUUCGUAGUUGGCAGAGGAAUAGGCAAUUAUAAUCCAAACACAGAUCCUCAGAAUUUCAAUCUUGUUGAUCCUCCUGAAAGAAACACAGUCGGAGUACCAACUGGUGGAUGGACUGCCAUCAGAUUCCGCGCUGAUAAUCCAGGAGUGUGGUUCAUGCAUUGCCAUCUGGAAGUGCACACAACAUGGGGACUGAAGAUGGCGUUCUUGGUGGACAACGGGAAAGGCCCUAACGAGUCACUGCUGCCACCACCGAACGAUCUUCCAAAAUGUUAAAAAUGAUCAAAUGUUUUUAUAACGAAGAGUCAUUCUGUGCGGAAGAAAGUAAAAGAUAAAACAAAGAAAUAACAGAGAGAGAGAGAGAAAAAUCAUCCUAUUUGUUUCUUGAGUAAAUAGAAAAUUUUUGCUCAAGCAUAUAUGAAUAAAAUCGGGAAAGCAUUUAUUUCUUAUUUAAAUACGUGUAAUUUUUUUUCUUUUUCAUUUUCCCUUGAAUUUUGUACAUUGAAAUGUUAAAUUUGUCUCAUUGAAAUUAACAAAUAACAAGAUUUGCUCUAAUCUUUUUUUCUCAA